AAAAAGACUGUCUCUCACAAGAAUUUGUGUUGGAUAAAUAGUUGAAUUUCAUGGAAAUGUUAGUAAAGAAAAAAGAUAAAAAAAAAAGAAAAAGAAAAAAAGAGCAUUUAAUAUGAAUAGGCCAAAACUAAAUGUGAAUUAUGUGAUACAUAAUCUAAUACAAGGGGGUAAAUCCUAGUCUAUAUUAGUGAAAUAGUCACCUUUGUCCUUAUCAAUUAACGCUAUUUUUUGGUGUGUAAAUAAUUUGUAAUUGAUAAAAAGACAAGCUAUAAUUUAACAACUCAAAAUUGUCUUAUGGUUUCACCGUUGGACCAUUUAAUUUGAGAAUUUUGGAUAAUUCAUUAAUUUUUUAUUGAGGCCGUCUCAACGCGAAACGACUUUAAUUGAACAAGCCUAAACAUUAUAAACGUGUUUUGACUUCACCCGACUCCCAUCUAACUACAUUAUGUGUCAUGGUACACACUAUUUUAAUAUGAACUAAAUUGAUUUUGGCCAACUCUCCUAUAGUUUGAUACAACAAAAACAAACAAAAAAACACCAAAAGACUGUUACGGGUCCAGCCUAUUUAUCCAAUACUUGUAUUGCUUUGGGUAAUAUUUUCCUUUUUUUUUGGUUUUUAUUAAUGGACCUAUUUAUGUGGCUUCUAAGAGAAGCUUAAGGGUCAUUUUUUUUACUUGGCUUGAUGUAAUAAAAAAAAACAGAAAAACACACAAAAAAGAAAGGAGGAGAAAAAGAGAGAAGAGGGUGCUCGUAGCUUUGAGGGCAGCCAUCAGAAAACUGUCGUUUGCCGGAAAUUGCACCGUUGGAUCGUCUCCAAAUUUUGACAGCUUGUUCCUGACAUCAAGGGCUUCAUUUUGGAUGGUGGAGAUCAUCUUUGAGCUUUGGUUUGGUCAGAAUCGUCUUUGGACAGAUUGCUGUAUUUUUGGUGAUUUCACUCCUUUUGCUCUCUAAUUCAUCUCAUAUUGUUCUUGGUUGUUGUUGGUGGGUGUAUGAACCUUUGUGUACUGUUUUGAGAUUCUUUUUCCCUCAAUUUAUCAAUAAGAGAAGAUAGGGUGGACUCCUCAAGAGGUCUCGUGGUUUUUAUCAUUCACAUCGAAGGGGUUUUCCACGUAGAAUUUGUGUGUGUUGAUUUUGUUUGUUGUCUUGUUUGUGUGACUUUGUGGGUGUCGUAGUGACCCCAUUGAUCCUUACAAAGACUAAAUUAAUUGGUAGAAAGAAAAUUCCACAAAAUUAUGAAAAAAAAUUUCUUCUAAGCUAAGAGUUGGAACACAAGUCGCCACUCGCUACCACACCACUGCGUAGCGUCCGCGCGCGUUGACAAGUCACGAGUGCCAAGUCCCCACCGCGUAAUUCUUGAUUACUUAAAUAAUCUUCAACUAUCCCAUUUUCCUCCAUCAUCAUUCACAAAAACCCCCCAAUUUACUUUCUAAUUUCCUGUUCAGAAUUCAACCUCUCAGUUGCUCAAUUUACUAAUUACUACAAGCUAUCUCAAUUUCCCAUCCAUGGAGGAAGAAUACAUCAAAGGCAAGACCACCAAACCCAAUCCACCUAACAAAUCAGAUCUAUUAUCAAGCGCAAAAUUAAUGGCGGACGCAGCAAAAUCAGCCUUAGCUCACGACACAGAAAAGAUCGAUAAAGCCAAAGUUGCUGGAGCAGCAGCAGAUUUAAUCGGAGCAGCCAAACACUAUGGAAAAUUGGAAGAAAAGAAUUUCGGCAAGUAUGUCGGUAAAGCUGAAACUUAUCUUCAUCAAUAUCAUUCGUCUCACUCUUCUUCUGCUACUACCGGUUCACAAUCACACGGUGCAAGCCAUGGCGGAUCGUAUGAAGGUGGUGAAGGAAAACAUGGUCAACAUUCUAGUAGUGGUGGUUCAGGUGGUGGUAGUGCGUAUGGGGAUUAUGUGAAAUUAGCGCAAGGAUUUUUGAAUAAGAAACAAGAUCAUGGUGGUGAAAAUGGAGGUGGUCAUUCUAGUGGUGGUGGUGCUGGGGAUUAUAUUAAGUUGGCUCAAGGAUUGUUGAAUAAGAAGCAAAAUCAUGGUGGUGAAGGUGGUAGUGGUGGUGCUGGGGAUUAUAUCAAAUUGGCUCAAGGAUUUAUGAAGAAACAUUGAUAUUGAUUUUGAUUUUACUGAAAUUAAUUUUGUUGUAUAUGGUUUCUUGUUUUGGUUAUUUUGGCUUAAUUUCAAUUUGUUUACUUUGUUCUAGUUGAAUUUGGAUAUUUGUAGUCCUAAUAUGGAUUUUAUUGAACCUAUAUUUUAUUUAAAUGAACAUUGCCCAUUUUUAUUUGAUUAAUUUACUUCCAUUUACCUAGGUUUAGUUGCAAACUAGAUAGAACCCAUUACCCAUAUUAUGUAUAAUUUUAUUUAUUUUUUCUAUCGUAUUAAUAUGUGCUAAGAAAAAAUUUAAUAAAUAAAUUGUAUAUUGUAGUUGUAUUUCCUUUUACU